AAAAAUGGAGAAUCACUUUUCAAGGCAUAGCAGAACUUCUCAGACCUCACUGAAGACCCGGCGCAGUGGUUAUGAACCAUCUGACAACGAGACUGAUUUCCUAGAAACGCCGUGGCAUGGCCACAAUAGGAAGAUCAGUGGAGGCUUAGAAUCUGAGGUGACAAAAGCUGCAGGGUUGGAGUUGGCAAGAAACAUUAGCCCUUUCAAACAUAGCCGGAGGCACGCUUCCAGGUUUGAAUAUGAUGCUUCUUCUGCAAGAAAUGAUGCAGUAGUAAGCCCGGUCCGAAGAAGAACCAGCAGUAAGUCACCAUACAAGCAAAGAAGAGAAGAUGGUACUGUUUGUUCACCAAUAGCAGGUGUUGAAACUCGCAGAAAUAUCAGUCCCUUGUCAAAAGCUGAGCGCAGAAGAGGUGCUUCUCCUUUGAAACCAGAAAAAGAAGGGCAUGAUGUGAAUGAUGCUGAUCAAAUUGUGAACUCAAACAGGAAACAAAGCCAAAGAAGGCCCGGUAGAGACCCCCAAAGCAGAAGAUCAUCUACUGCCCCGAGAGUUCGAGCAAGAUCAGAAGUAGAAAAAAAAGGCAACUAUAGUGCAACACCAACUAAAGGUGAAAGAACACCAUCACCAUUGUCAAAGGCCCUGGUAUUAACAACACCAACUGCAAGGGAGAGAACACCAUCACCAUUGUCAAAGGCCCCGGUAUUAACAACACCAACUGCAAGGGAGAGAACACCAUCCCCAAUCUCAAAAGGGUUGAUCCAGCAACAAAGACAACACACAAAAUCGCCGUCUGUUGGUGAGAUCAAUGAGAUGAUUGCCAAUGCAAAGCUUGCUAGAACUCCUUUGGAGGCUAAUUCUCCAUUAGCUUUCGGAAGUUCAGAGUCUUUUGCACCAGGUGAUAUCUUCUUCUCUCGUGAGUGCAAAAUCUUGGCACUGCCCAAAACUGUCAAUCCCACACCAAAACCAAAGAAUGCACUGCCCAAAACUGUCAAUCCCAUACCAAAACCAAAGAAUGGUAGUGGUUUUGAGAACCGCUUAAUUAGUCCUAAUGUCAAAAUGGUUACCCCAAGAGGAAAUGGUUUCGAUCAGAAUGCUCGAGGGACUCCAUUAAGCUAUAAUUUGUCACAGACAACCACAACAACAUCAAGCUCAGCAUUGAGCAGGCAAAGCAGUAAGAUGAGUGGUACAAGUGGGAGCACAACUGCUAGUGCCAAGAAAUUCACAGCAAAUAGAAAGAAAAGUGAGAGUCACUCACUGUUUGCUUGUAUGAGAAAGGGAGGGUCUUGUCGGAAAACAAAAUCACCUGAGCAUUCUCCUGUUUUCAAUGAAGCUUCAUUUAUACAGAAGGCAUUUGUGGAUGAAAGUCUUAGGCAGUUUUGGGCUGAUAACCAUCGACCGGCUUCGUUGAAUGGAUUCACUUGCCACAUGCAAGAAGCUCAACUUCUCAAGGAUCUGGUAAUUGACAAUAAAUUUCCCCACAUUUUGUUAUCUGGACCACCUGGUUCUGGGAAAAAAGCUCUAACAAUGGCUUUCUUAAGAGAGAUAUAUGGUGAUGCAAGCUGGGAAAUAUCUCAUGAUUUAAGAUGCUUCCAGAUUCAGGAACAAAUGUCGAUGCAAGUAAUGGUUCCAUUGACAUCCAGUGCUCACCAUAUAGAGCUUAAUGUCCGUGUUGAAGCAAAUGCUAGAUAUGCAUUGAUGGGUUUAGUAAAGGAAAUCAACAGUGAGAAUGACAUUGCUCCUGAAAUCAGCACUAUUAAUCUCAAGGGAAAUCAUAAAGUGCUAGUUCUCUACGAUGUUGACCGAGCAGCAGAACAUAUUCAGCAUUUGAUCAAAUGGAUAAUGGACUGUUACUCAGAAGCUUGUAAACUCAUUCUCUGCUGUGAAAAUGAUGAAGACAUCGUUGAAUCAGUGAAAAACCGGUGCACAGUUAUCAAGCUUGAUGCUCCUGUGACUCAAGAAAUUACGGAAGUUCUUGCUCAGAUAGCAAGGAAGGAAAACUUUGACCUACCUACGAACUUCGCUAAUAAGAUUGCUAACAAAUCUAAGCAGAACCUGAGAAAAGCAAUCAUGGGCCUUGAAGCGACCAAAGCACACAACUAUCCUUUUGUAGAUAACCAACCAAUUCCAAUUGGAUGGGAAGAGGUACUUGUUGAAGUUGCUGCAGAAAUCCUAGCUGACCCAUCACCAAAGAGGUUAUUUUUCAUCCGGGGAAAGUUUCAAAAGCUUCUUGUGGGUUUUGUACACCCGAAACUGAUUCUAAUGAAGCUGGUAGAACAGUUCCUUAAAGCAAUGGAUGGUAGUUCUAAAAGGGACCUAUAUUAUUGGCAUGCUUACUAUGAGAAAAGACUCCCAGAAGGAGCAAGUGCUUUACUAAAACUAGAAGAAUUUGUGGCUAAGUUCAUGAGCAUAUACCGAAAGAGUGCCAACAGUCGUCAGUAUGUGUAGUGUCAACAACCUCAUUGAGAGGCAACACUCAAGAAUUUCCUACCACCUUUAUAGGUAGUAGGUCUUUGUCAAGAUUGUCUUGCUGCAGCUAAUACUGAAAGUCAGAAUGAGAGACAAAUUCCCCUGAAGCUUUUUCCCAGGGUCAGAAUGAUUCAGAUAUAGCACA